AUGACCUUUUUGGAAGCUGAGGACGAUGAUCAAAACGAUGACGAGACGAGUUUCGAAGAAGAAAGAGAUAAUUUUUCUGACGAUGAUCUCGGUGCUAUCAAAAGGCCACGAAGAACUGAGGUGAGUGGAUACUUGACGAUGGAGCUCGAGAUGGCCAAUCAGUUGAUCGUUCCAUAUAAAGAAUCGAUGGUCUUCGAGGUUGACGAUUAUCACUUGCUGAUCACAUUACCACUUGACUUUAUCAAUAAACGAUUUCGCGAGUGGUGGGGACUAUUGGAUCCUUGUUUGCGAAUUCGUUUGACCUUCAAUCUUGCGAAAUACCGUCUCGGCGAUGUGCCUGAAGCAACAGCAUCAAUGCCAUACACGAAAAGGAACAUUGCAAUGGGAGCCAUUGAAACGUUCAUCAAGGACGACUUGACGAAAUAUUGGAGUGUGAGAAGCGAAGAUGAACAAAUCGGUGAUGACAGCUUUUUCGCGGCAUUCAUCGAUCGGCUAGUUGCACGAAUGAAAGAAUUGGGAAACUAUUGCGUGCAGUGCACGAUUCAACAUUUGGGCGCUCAUCCGCUGCUUUCUGUUUGCGAUCACCCGCUUUGCUACUUUCAGAGAGAUCGUUUAAGACAGACUUUCGAGUACUCCAUGGGACCCCAUGAUAUGAAUCUCAAAGAAGAAUUUCGUGAUUAUGGUGAAAUCUCGGCUGCUCUCUUGGGAUAUUGUACACGCUGUGUCUUCUCGACGUGGGCGAACUACGAGAAAUUUCGUGACGAUCCACUCACAAAGAAGAACGCUGAUCUGCUUUAUUGGUUAUCCGAUCGUUUCCCGGUGAUUUGUCGAUUGCCUCCUCGUUUCCGAGUCACCUCGAUGAGCACAAUCCAUCAAUAUGUUUUGCCACCGGUUCCAUCGGAGAAAGAAUCACGCUUUCAGGCUAAUCUCGCGGUGGUUAAUGGCAACAAAUUCUACGCAUUCCACGGAUCGCCCGUCGAGAACUGGUACAAGAUUUUGUGUGAGGGUUUGAUCGUUUGCUCGGGGACAAAUUUGCAAUUGGUUGGAGCUGCACUUGGAAGCGGAAUUUAUCUCGGAAAAGAACCACAUACAUCGGAGGGUUACGCUCGAGGACAUAUAGGAGGCUAUUAUCAAACGAACGAUUUAGCUGGCCGGUGUCAAAAUGAUGAACAUUAUUCUAGGAACAAUCAUAUUCGAGGAGGAACAUAUUGUUUGGCGCUCGUUGAAGUUGCCAAUGAUCCAAGCAAGUAUCAAGAUCAUCAAUGGUGUUACGUAGUGCAAGAUCCGGAUAUUCUUCAAAUUCGUGUCCUCUUCAUCUAUGAAUCUUGUUCGGCAACCUCAGCACUUCCGAUCGACAAUUUCUUGGCCAACCAUCCGGAUAUGUUGAAAGUUCAAGAGGCGAUGAACUUCUUUAUCCACGGGGAUUUCCACGAACGUUUGGCUGCUGUUUACGAUUCGGAACUUGAUGAGAAAGCAUUGGACGAGGAGAAUUUACCUAGUCAUCGCUUGCAAUAU